AUCCUAACAUGGUCCGUGCAAAUCGACUCGCUUCGCUAAGCUCGUCUUUAUCCAUUUUUCUUCCUUUUCCAAAUUCAAUCUUUCGAUUUUUCUUCCCAUUUUCCUCAGCGUUAUGAUCCUCUUCAUCACACGACGUUAUUAAAUCAAACUUUUAUGGAAAUUUAUUAGGGUUUUUAUAUUCGAGAAAUCGAAAGUGGAAACGGCCACCAUUGAAUCACUUUAAUUGUUCUUGUUCUUGGAAGCAUAUUGUUCUUAAGUUGCUAGAGUUGAAAGCUAAUGGAAGUUCGAUUGAAAUGUUGGUUUCUGUUCGAUUUUUACACUUCUGCUGUUUAAGUUUUUGUGGGUACAGUUGAUGCUCACUGUAGCGGAAAAGUGAAGUUUGCGGUUGUAUUUAGUAUAGAUUCGUAGAUUCAAAAAGGCACUCGUUCGAUUGUCUGAACUUCUCACCGGCGAAAACGGGGGUUUGUUUUAUAUUCUGUCGUUUUCUUUGUUGCUUGAAGCAUUCAUUGUAUCGAUCUUAUUUCGGUUCGUCGUUGACAAGGUGUUUAUAUUAGCGACUAGAAAAGUAGUGGCUGCAUUGGAUAUUGAAGUUAUUUUGUAGGAAAUGGCAUGUGAAGCUAUACGACUGUGGACAUUUAAUGGAUUAGUGGCUGCAUUUCUUGAUCUUGGUAUAGCUUUUUUAUUAUUAUGUGCCUCGACUCUUGUUUUCUUUACAUCCAAAUUCCUUGCACUGUUUGGAUUAUGUUUGCCUUGCCCUUGUGAUGGGCUAUUUGGAAACCUUAGUAGUGAUCACUGCUUCCAAAAGUUACUAGUGGAUCGUUCGUCCAGAAAAAUAUCUUCAGUCCUAGAUUCGACUAGGAAAAAGUUCCCAUUAGAUUCCGUGUGGGAUGAGCCAAAAUGUUGUUUUAAGUCAGUGUUGGUGCACGAGAGGAAUGUCAAGGAGGCUCAUGUUGAAUUGGAAGGUGAAGCAUCAGGUUGUUCCUCUUUUAAAAGCAGGUCACCACAAGGUAUGGUUUAUGGAGACUUUCCCAGUGUCAACAAAUUGCGACGUGGAGGUGGUCUGGAUGUCAGGAAGGUCAUAUCAGCAUCUCUGAACAACAUUUCACAGUCGGAUGUGGAACUGGAAGACCUUUCUCAUUCUCCUUCAAGCUUCAGUGGAUUUGGGGAUAACAAUACUGAGGAUGGCUUCUUUUCUGUUGAUUCUGGAGAUGAAAGGGAGGCUUCAUUAGACAACAGCGACCAAUAUAAAGUAUUUCCCAAUCUUGAACUAGAUGAUUCUUAUGAUGGGAAAAUAUGUGCAGAGAUGUAUGAAGCAUCUGUUGAAGAGGCUGGGAACAGGUGCAGAGGGGAGUUAUGUUUGGAUGGUAAUGAGAGUGAUACAAUCAAACUAUUGGAGCAAGCACUUGAAGAAGAGCAGACAGCGCGUGCUACCCUGUACCUGGAGCUCGAGAAAGAGAGAAGUGCUGCUGCCACCGCUGCUGAUGAGGCCAUGGCUAUGAUAUUGCGUCUACAGGAAGAGAAGGCAUCAAUAGAAAUGGAUGCUAGGCAAUACCAGAGGAUGAUAGAGGAGAAGACUGCUUAUGAUGCUGAGGAAAUGAGUAUUCUUAAAGAAAUUCUAGUGAGGAGAGAGCGGGAAAUGCAUUUCUUAGAGAAGGAAGUUGAAGCUUUUCGGAAAAGUUUCUUUGAUGACGAUGGAGCGGGUGUUGAUAUGCUUGACUCGGAAUUUACACCUGCAAGGACCCCUUGUUCCCCUUAUCCAACUGAAGAUCCAUCACAUAUGCUUCAAUGCAUUAAUAGAUCCCCUAGAGACGAGAAAGGUGCCAAUUACAAAAUACAUUCUUUGCAAUAUGGGAUACCAUCAGUGGAGUCGCGGAACUUAACUUUCGAGUUUGGGGAGGAGUCGUCAUUGAUUCCAGCGGAUGAAGUUGCUGGUGCUGCAAAAGCUAGGGGCAUGUUGUUGCACCAAGUUGCUGAUAACUUCAAGAGCAGUGAAGAGAUUGACUAUGAGUUGCAAGGAAAGGGCAUGAUAGAGGAUGAGAAGUUAUACAUUGUACCAGGAGAAGUAAAUGAACUGGAUCCAUAUCUGCAAAGCAACGAGUCAAAUGGUUUAGGUAAGGUUGAGAAAUGCACGGAAGUUAUUGCAGAUGAACAAGAAAAAGUUGACGAAGUUUCAUAUGACAAAUUGGCAUUGACUAAAACAAUUCGUCCUUGUCUUGAGUACAAUUUGGAAAAGAAUGGUGACCAUCAAAAGAUGCGGACAAGAGAUAUCGACUCUGUGAACACUACAGAUCCCCAUCCUCAUGAUAUUCAUGUCGUUGAAGAUGAAGCUAGAAUUUUAAAUGAAGCAAUUGCUAAUGCAAGUGAAGAACCAUCGGUUAAUGGUACCUCGAGUAUUCCAGUUAAAUGUGACAGUCCAUCCUUCAUCUUGUUGCAGAGUGAACUAGAAAUCAUGAGAACCAGCUCAGAUGCCACUAGUAGAUUCCCACCAAUGGCUCGUUCUCGAAGCAAUUCCUUGCGUUCUGAAUUGCGUAGAAAUUCAAUGUCUGCUGUUGAUUAUGAAAGGUCAAAAAUUGGCAAUGAAGUUGAGUGGCUCAGAGGAAGGCUAAAAAUUGUUCAAGAGGGAAGAGAAAAACUCAAGUUCUCUGUGGAGCACAAAGAGAAGGAGAACAAUCAGUUGCAACUUUUAGAAAACAUAACAAAUCACCUUCGCGAAAUCCAACUGAUAGAUCCUGGAAAGAUAGCUCUGCAGGCUCCAUUGCCUCCAUCCUCAAAGGAUGUGUCAAAGAAACGUUGCUGGCGAAGCUCAUCCUUGAGCGUUCACAGAAGCAGCUAGCUAGUUUGAAACCCCCACCUAGAAGAAACAAUAAGAAUAAAACGAAACACCAUAGCAUAUCACACGAUACAGCAUCCUCCGGGUUAGAAAUUCUAGUCCUUUUUCCCCACUGCCAUACAAGACUAUAAGUCAUCUGUAAAUUAGGAAUAACUUGACAUGUCAUGUCUUAUAGUUUGACAGAUAAUACCUUCUGUACAUUCUUUAAAAAAGGUUUGAUGCGGCUGAUAGAAUGUAGUUGCCAUAUUUAUAACUGUUAAAUGCAUGAGAAUGAGAUGGUAAGAUGCUUUUGGUUAUUCAUCUAA